CCGACAGACGCCGCUGACACGAGAUAAAGUUAAAGGCGAUCGGCUCGGCUGGGGGCAGAACCAGCCCGACUGAGAUGAAAAGCAAGUCCCAGCAGCAGCAGCAGCAGCAGCAGCAGCAGCCGAGCUGAGAGCCAGGAGGCGGCGUUGGGGGAGACCAGCCUCUUGCAAAACAACGUAGGGGAAAAGAAAAAAAAACCAAAACAAUUCCAGGGGGCUUCUCUGCUCCGCACCCGAGCCCGGACAGCGGGUCCGUCCCUUCGCCUCUGGCUCAGCCUUACCGCGGGGCUCGGAUUUAGGGGCAGAGUGGAGGGGUCACCGGCGUUUGUUUACUCCCAGGGGGUGCAGGCUCCUGGUGGAAAGCCCCCCUGCACCUAGAAGGGGGGGCAAAUAACCCCCAGCAGCGCGGCCGGGGCAGGGGGGGAGGAGGGCUGAGCAGAGGGGGGCCGGAGCUGGUUUGGGGACGCCGCUGUCGAUGACUGCAGAGGUGCAGCAGGCUCCUUCCUCUCAGCCCCCUCCUCCCGCGGCGCACGGCGGCUGCAGCCUCAUGUCCUCCGCGCUGGAGAAGCAGCAGCAGCAGCAGCAGCAGCCGGGCUCGGCCAUGGAGUCGGCCUCCUCCGCCGCCAGCAGCACCCCCGCGGGCGGCGGCGGCAAAGCCAAGAAGAGCAACGCCGGGAUCCGGCGGCCGGAGAAGCCCCCUUACUCCUACAUCGCCCUGAUCGUCAUGGCCAUCCAGAGCUCGCCGUCCAAGCGCCUGACGCUGAGCGAGAUCUACCAGUUCCUGCAGAGCCGCUUCCCCUUCUUCCGCGGCUCCUACCAGGGCUGGAAGAACUCGGUGCGCCACAACCUCUCGCUCAACGAGUGCUUCAUCAAGCUGCCCAAGGGGCUGGGCCGCCCGGGCAAGGGCCACUACUGGACCAUCGACCCGGCCAGCGAGUUCAUGUUCGAGGAAGGCUCCUUCCGCAGGAGGCCCCGCGGGUUCAGGAGGAAAUGCCAAGCCCUCAAGCCCAUGUACAGCAUGAUGAACAGCCUGGGAUUCAACCACCUCUCCCCGGAGAGCUACAGCUUCCAGGGCUCGGCCGGGGGCCUCUCCUGCGGCCCCAACAGCCUGGGCCUGGACGGGGGCCUGGGCAUGAUGAACGGGCACUUGCCCGGCAACGUGGACAGCAUGGGCCUGGGGGGACACUCCGUGCCCCACCUGCCUGCCAACGGCGGGCACUCCUACAUGGGCAGCUGCACCGGCUCCUCCGGGGGCGACUACCCGCACCACGAGAGCUCCGUGCCGGCCUCCCCGCUGCUGGCCAGCGGCGGGGUGAUGGAGCCCCACUCGGUCUACUCCAGCUCGGCCUCGCCCUGGGCCCCGCCGGCCUCGGCCGCCUUGAACAGCGGGGCGCCCUACAUCAAGCAGCAGUCCCUGUCCCCCUGCAACCCCGCGGCCAACCCGCUCUCCUCCGGCCUCUCCACGCACUCCCUGGACCAGUCCUACCUGCACCAGAACAGCCACAACGCCGCAGAGCUGCAAGGAAUCCCGCGGUACCAUUCCCAGUCUCCAAGCAUGUGUGACAGGAAAGAGUUCGUCUUCUCUUUCAACGCGAUGGCCUCUUCCUCGAUGCAUUCAGCAGGGAGCGGAUCUUACUAUCACCAGCAAGUGACAUACCAAGACAUUAAGCCGUGUGUUAUGUGAUAACAGGCAAAGAAGCCAACUUUUGGGGACCCCCCCCCCAAUCAUGACACAAAGGAAACUUUCUAUGUGGAAGGGACCUCCCAAAAGACCCUCUGUGCUAAAGGGACAUCCAAAUAACUAGACUGAUUUUACUCUGGAGGUAUAGAAGCCAUCCGCAGGAGCCAGGCGUUGGGGAACAUUUUGAAAUGAAUUAACUCUAAGCGAAAGAAGCAGGGCUGCGCGUGCCUUUUCGGAAAGGGUAAAGUGAACCCGGGGUGCUGUCUCUUUCCUGCGUGUGUAGCAUCGCUCGGGGGCUGUGGUCUGACUAAGUUUCCAAGAAUCACGUGUCUGUUAAAACGAGCGCUUAUUUUUUUAUUGAUGGGGUGGGGAAAAAAAUCCAAAAUUAUAUUUUUUAAAAAACAAACAAAAAACCCAUGAGUGUUUAAAAAAAAAACCCCGGCCAAUCUGAGAUGGAAGUGAUCGGGAAGGGUUUGCUUGGACCAGAACUCUAGUCAGGAUGAGCUUUAAAAGGAGCAUGGAAAGCUUUUGGAAAUGGUCUGGUUGGGAUGUGUCACUGAAGGGUUAAGGAAUUGCUUGGAAUCUUCUUCAGAACACAGAUGGGAUUUCUGGCCAAGGGCUCUUCCAACCCCUCACUGCCUUAAAAAGAGAAAAGGGAAAAUAAUUCCUCUCUGUGCCUGUGUUAUUCCCUAUCAGCGCUUUACUGGUGUGUGUGUGUGUGUGUGGGCUUUCCUGCACCAUCCAAGUCAAUGGCUGUGGGGCUAUUGACUUCCCUGAGAGCAGAAAAGAACUCCACGUGCCCUCUUUUCAUGUGAUUGUGCAUUUGUGGCCUAUUCUUCAAAUUCUGUAGUAGAUUUUGUGGUCUCCUUCUCCCUGUUGGGUUAGGGAAUGUGUGAAUCAGCGCUAUACACUAAGGACUACACAUUGGCUCACCAGGAAUUGGAAGGGGGGCGGUUGGCGUCUCAAUAAGGGCAACAAAACCCCUCCCAUUGGCUUUAUCCUAGGCUCCAGUCUAGCCCCUGCUUUAGAGCCCUACCCUUGUUUGUUCGUUUUGGUUUUUUUUGCCUGCAACCCCGCAUUAGGCAAAAAUCUCCCAAAGGGAGUUAUUUGCCUGCCUCAGACUGCAGGAUCAGACCAGGUGCAGAGAGAAUAAGGCACUUUGAAAAAAAAAUAGCCAGGCUCAUCCUGUUAUUUAUUCUACUUUUUUUUUUUUGCUAAUAAUCGAGACACCAGUAGCCUCAGUUGAUCAGUAUUAAAGUGGGGUAAUUUUGUUGGCAAUAUUUGCCAUAUAGAUUUUUUUUAGCUAGCCAUUGUACAUUUUUUAAAAUGUCUGAUCUGCGUGUAAAAACAAUCCGCCCUGUGUUUUAUAUAAAUAUAUAUAUAAUGAAGGAUUAUUUCCUCCUCCCGCCCCCCAUUUUUUGUCCCGCCUUUGUACAGUUCGGUGACACCUAUUUUAAUUUUCUUCUGCACUGUAUUAAAUGGUAAUUAUGAUUUUUGCCCCCUUUGUGUACGUUUGUCCUUUACAAAAAAAAAAGAACCAAAAAUAAAACAUGUAUGUUAUUUGUACAUGGUCUUCACAAUUGUAUGAACAGCAAAUAAAAUAGCAUGUGCUGUAAUA